GGCAAGAGAGGAGGGGUGAAAAGAGAUUCCAGCAGACCUAGUUUGAGAAAGCACAGACAAAUAGCACCUCGAGUAGGAGCAAGGAGGGCAAAUAUUUAGAGAUUUUCACAUUAGAGGACAUUUGAAACAGGGAGAGUUGACAAUGCUGUGACAAUGUGAUGGCCAUUCGUAAGUCCUUUUCUGAGGGGGAAAGAAGAUGAGAAAGGAGUGAAAAGGGCUUUUUGUUGAUGGCCGUGUGUGUCUCAAUGGGCAGAAGGGGCACGUCAGGCAUUCGAGGGUUGACCGCACUCCGGUGGACAUUCUAGGACACUCACCUAGAACGUAUCGUCGAUCAAAGGGACACAUUAUUUUUAACGUUCCACCUGAGUCUCCGCAUUAAGCGCUUUCAGUUGUCAAGGGGAGAGCAUCUUUGAAGUGAGAGCACUUGUUAUUGAAAAGGACAAGAGGCUUGUUGUUUUUCAGGGAUUCAACUUGAAAGAUAAACUUUUCUCUGUCCUUUCUUUUUGAGGUUGUUCCCUUUUAUGUGUGAAAAGGGGAGUUCGGGGGAUGAUUUUGUGGGUCAACAGAAAGAGAACAUUGGAAUUGUUUGUUUCCUUUUGUCAACACAAUAUAUUGGGAAUAUCACAGUGCUGGGGACGUGUGAGGAUUACAAUGGAGACGAAACCAUUUUUUUUUUUGCAGUGGAUAUCCAAUAUUCACAUAAUGAACCCUAUCCAUCAUGUUUUUUCACUCUGUGCCACUGUAUGGAAUUAGUGCUGGGGUUCGCAAUUCCACAUUGGCAUCAAACCGGAAAUAUAAUGCUGCGAAUCGUUAUGAUUGAUUAUAACUAGAGACGUAAGUGUAAGUGCAUUGCUGAGUCCAUGGUGCUUUUACUUACUGCUAGGAAGAGCUCCGGGAUAAUUUUUGUAUGCGGCAGCUUAUCAACAAUGUCCGACAUCUAAAAUGAUAUCAACCACUAACAGAAUUACAAGAACAUUAAACUAAUACAAGAGCAAUUCACAGUUACUGCAGAUACUAAAGGACUACAAAUCAAUGACGUGGAAGUAUUAUGUUUAGAGUGUAGAUUUAUAGAGUUAGGGCAAAAAAAUAUUAUUGGCAGUAAGGAUUUUUAUUUAUUUAUUAGGAUACCUAGGCAGUAAUGCAGUUUCAAAGUUCCUCUGCUUGACUGUUUCCCUUGACUUGCUGGGUACUGAAUAGAGGUUGAAGGAUAACUGUUCGUAUUUAUGGAGGUAUUUUGGGGGAACUGAUGUCGGGUCAUGCAAGUGGACCUGACUUUGUACAAACACUCAUCUGAUGGGACUACAACUAUCUGAACCAACUUGUGGUACCACAAUUACCUACAGUAUACCUGAUCAACCAACAGUACAGUUUCAUUUUCUUCUUUUUUUCUUUGACAUUUGUAUUUUUCUUGGAACUUCAUUUUUCUCUGACCUUUGUUUCAUCUUUUGUCUUGGAUCUUUGUUUCACUUCUUUCUUGGACCUAUUUUUCUCUUGGACCUUCGCCACCUGGUCAGUAUGGUGCCACCACCGCCCGCCAACAUGCCUCAUGUGUGCUUGUCUUCCAUCUUGAUCAUGGGCAGCAUGGCGCUGAUGGACGCCUACCUGGUGGAGCAGAACCAGGGGCCCAGGAAGAUCGGUGUGUGCAUCAUGGUCCUCGUGGGGGACAUCUGCUUCCUCAUCGUCCUACGCUACGUAGCCGUGUGGGUGGGUUCCGAGGUGCGGACCUCCAAGCGUGGUUACGCCAUGAUCCUAUGGUUCUUCUACGUCUUCGUCCUGGAGAUCAAGGUCUACUUCGUCUACCAGAACUACAAGGCCGAGGACGGGAAGGGGGGAAGUUCGAAUGGUUGGACUGGCGGCGGUGGCGUGGACGGGGUGGCACGGAAGAUGCUGACAUUGCUUCUGUCCAUCUGCGUGCCCGUGGUCUACAUCACAUUGGUGGCCAUCGACCACAUGGAGUACGUGCGGUCGCACAAGAAGAAGGAGGAGAUCCGGAGUCGACUCUUCUGGGUGGUGGUGGACUUGCUUGACGUCCUGGACGUGCAGGCCAACCUAUGGGAGCCUCAGAGGAAAGGGCUCCCCCUAUGGGUGGAGGGACUCAUGUUCUUCUACUGCUACAUCCUGCUGCUGGUGCUGCCGUGCGUGUCGCUGAGCGAGAUCAGCAUGCAAGGGGUGAACAUCGUGCCCCAUAAGAUGAUGCUCUACCCGAUUCUCAGCCUGGUUACUGUUAACAUUAUCACUCUCUUCAUUCGAGGCGGGAACAUGGUUUUCUAUAGGGACUCCAGGGUGUCUGGGAUACUGAUGGGUAAAAAUGUGAUCGCCAUUGUUCUCAAGACAUGCAGUUUUGUCCAGUAUCGUAGGCAUCUCGACGAGGUCCCAUCUCCCGCCCUUGGGGUAGAUAUGCAGAAGAAUUGCGUUGUCCAUGGCCCGAAAGUGACUAUGCCUGUGCCCAUGACGAUGCCCAUGCCACCCCAAGUAGUGAUUCAAGACUUCACAACGUUUCCCGAAGAGAUGGUGUGUGUGAGUGAUACCGAGGUUGAGCAAACGUGACACAGGUCUUGGUGAGAAAGUAAUAAAGUUACAUAACAUAUUAUAAGCUUUAUUAUAGGACAUUAUAAAAGAUGAUGAUCUAACGAAGAAAAAAAAAGAAAAAAGGCUAAAGGGAUACUUAUAUUUUUACAAGGUGUUGUGCAGAACAAAUUAUGAUGUAUCUUUAAUUUGGGGAUGAUUUGUGUCUCUUUGUGCACCUGUAAAACGACCUAAAAAUAUGAAUGUGAGGUGCUGGAUACAGUAAAUGGAAGUCAUUCCGCAUUAUUUCAGCAUCGUAAAGAGGCAUUUCAAUUAACAGUAGAGUACUUUCACUCUGACCUGCCCUCCUUUCCAGACUGUUUUCGUUCUAAUGCUGUUUGAGUGUCAAUGUGAACCAUUUGUAUUGAAUGACUUGUCUUUGAUAAAUGAGCCCUGCAUUGAAAGAG